AUGCUCGGCAGCCUCCCUUCCAAGUACCUCAAAUGGGUCUCUAAAACCCUCAGAGCUCGUGAUUUUGAAGAAUGGGCAAAGCUCGCAGACGAAGUCCUACAAGACCCAGUCUACAGAGACCGAAUAGAAUGGGAGGUCGCAGAGAACAUCUUGAAUGGCAACAGUUCUUCGAUGGCUUUAGGAAGAGAGAGCCCUGUUUCAGAUCUGCUCGAAAUCAGUGAGAGAUUCGAUUGGAAUAAUGAGGACAAAGUUGGUUGGAGCAAAAUCGAUUUUGCACUUCUUGGGACUUCGAAGGGUGGUCGAAUACCGAGAAAUGGAGAUUCUAGAAGUGAACAAGAGAAGAAAUUUAGGGUUUCUUUGAUUGAAGGAAUGGGUUCGUUGAAGAAGGAUUUGGGACAGAAAAGAGAGAUAAAGAGAGGUUUUGUGAGUGAUGAUGGUUCAAGGGUUUCAAAGAAUGAAGAAGUGGAUGGUUCAUGGAAUAGAGAUUUGGGGGUUAUUGGUAAAGAGUUUAGGGUCUCAAAUAGUGAGAACUUGGGUUUUAAGGAGCAGAGGAAGGUGGGUUAUUUGAAUAAAGGAUUAAGGGUUUCUGUGGCUGCAGAACAGGGUUUUCAAAAUGAGAAUGAUGUCAGGGUGAGAAGGGAAGAGAGGAGGAAGAGACAGAAAUUGAAGAAAGGUCUGCUUAGAGUAGAAAAUGGAGGGAACAACGGGGACAGAGAAGGAGCUAAUGAUGUUGAAGACCAAGAUCAAGACCAGAUGGUAGAGUACCAUAAUCCAUUUCCUGGACGUGAAGCUUUUCUCAGAAAGGUUCUCAGUAAUAGAAGAAGAAUUUUGUAA